AUGGCCCCCGACGGGUCUAUUGCAAUUAUCACUGCCGCGUCCAGGCGUCCUACCGCGCUGGGCGAGGCUCUCCGUGCGGCUGCGGCCGCCGGGGACAACACGACAAAUACAGGCACCAACAGUUCUGACGUGUCCGUCGCUGCGUCAGACAGCCCCAGUGAGGAAGACUACGACGAGCUGACAGCCGGGCCACCCGACCCAAUGGUGCUGCGCCAGCGCCGUCAGCCAACGCAAUUGCGCCACGAGGUAGCGCAGGAGGAUGGUGCUGGAGAUAAGGAGGACCACACGGGCAAGAGUGGUGGCGUACGCACAGGACCUGCGGCCGCUGGUGCUUCGUCGACGCCGCAGGUCUCAUCCGCUGCUGCUGCGGUUGCUACCGCCACUGGAAUUGCUAUAAAUUCUGUGUCUUCGUCCUCGCGGCCGCGGCACGGCGGUCGCAAGCUGUCGGCAACAGUUAUCUUUGAGGAGAUCAGCCCGGCAGUCAGGGCAAGGCUGUCGGGAGCGACGAAUGUAAUUAACUCGUCAGAUCUGACAGAGUCGACCAAUGGCGAUAUUGGUGGUAACGUCAGCACAGGCGACAGCGCUGUGGACGUCGAGUUCAAGGGAGAAGCAGGAAGCAACGGCGGUGCGGUUGUGAACGGCGCAGCGAACAAUGCACCGGUAGUUGACGAGAUCGACGCGCCCGGGGACAAAACGAGCGGACAGAGCUUUGUGAUAUCGAUCGACGACCCGAAGCUGGCGGAGAUGCUGCGCGAGGACCUGCAGCAGAUGCGUGAGGAGCUGGAGGAGCGGCGAAGGCUAAAGGAAGAGGAGGCAGAGGAACUGGCUGCCGGACCAACGGGGACUGGCAAAAAGCGACCGCAGCAGGCGAAGCGGCGGCGACGACGGGGUGACAAGUUUCGCGACUUUGUGUUUACGCGCAAGUUCUCGGCUUUUGACCGGCAGAACGAAGCGGCAGCGAACAGCCCAUACCAUGGCUUUUUUGCGCUCUUCUGGAUAUCAGUCUUUCUCUUUAUCGUCAAGAUCGCGGCAGAGAACUGGCGCAAUACGGGCAGCCCGCUGGGAACAAACGAGAUCAUGGCCACCAUGUUCCACCGCGACGUGGUGCUCAUGCUGGCGUCAGAUGGCAUGAUGUGCGCGCUGACGGGCGUCAGCUGGCUGCUGCAACGGGCCAUCCUGGCCGACUGGCUUGAUUGGGACGGCGCCGGUUGGGUGCUACAGAACGCCUGGCAGGCGUUGUUCGUGGCCGGCUUUGUCGGUUGGACCCAGCUGCGCGAGUGGCCCUGGUCACACACCGUCUACUUUGUCCUGCACGGUCUCGUCAUGUUGAUGAAGCAGCACUCGUACGCCUUCUACAACGGCUAUUUGUCGACCAUGUAUAAGCGGCAAGCCUCACUGCGGACGCAGCUGGAGCAGCUCGAGGGGCGGCAAUUGAGUGGGGAGAAGGACGAAGAAGGCGCCCCGGCCGUCAGUGAGGGACUAAACGGAAGCGAUGAAAACAGGCUGGGGGAGAAGGUCGCUGAUGCCCCCACCACCUCGCUCGCCUCGCUCGCCUCCAUCCCUCCGCUAACCCCCUCAGCCAAUCCGGAGGCAGUUGAACGGGUGGUGGCAGCACUGCAAACGGGCCGGCCGCUGGACGACGAUCAGCAGCGCGUCUUUGAGCGCAUUCUCCGUUGGGAGAUGGACAGCCUGACCGAGGAGCUGCGCGGCAAGGCCACACAACCCGAGCGGGCCUACCCCCACAACCUUACGGUUGCUAACCACUACGAGUACAUUGUGCUGCCGACGCUGGUCUACGAGCUCGAGUACCCGCGUUCCGACACCAUCAGCUGGCGUUAUGCGGCCGAGAAGCUGGUGGCUUGCUUCGGCAUCAUCUUUGUCAUGAUCAGCGUCUCCCAGUCAGCCAUCUACCCGGUGGUUAUGCGCACAGUCGCCAUGAAGGAGGACGGCAUCCCACUAGCCGAGCGCUUCCGCGCCUUUCCCUGGAUGAUGAGCGAGCUGAUAUUUCCGUUUAUGAUGGAGUACCUGCUCGCCUGGUAUCUCAUCUGGGAGACUAUUCUCAAUUUCCUCGCCGAGAUGACUUAUUUUGCCGACCGCAGCUUCUACGCGGCCUGGUGGAAUUCGGUUACCUGGGACGAGUUUGCCCGCGACUGGAACCGCCCUGUCCACCUGUUUCUGCUGCGCCAUGUGUAUCAUAGCUCCAUCUCCGCCAUGAAGGUCAACAAACACACCGCCACGCUUAUUACUUUUUUCCUGUCCGCCUGCAUCCACGAGCUUGUCAUGUGGUGCAUUUUCAAGAAGCUGCGCGGCUACCUACUGUUCCUGCAGAUGUGCCAGCUGCCGCUCGUGCGCCUGAGCCGGACAACUUUUUUGCGCAAUCGCAAGACCCUGGGCAACGUCAUGUUUUGGCUUGGCCUCUUUAUGGGGCCGAGCAUGCUGUGCAGUCUCUACCUGAUUCUGUAG